AUGUUAUCAUCUGUUCCCACCAGGCUAAUAGCGCGAAGGUCGCGCAGCCUGUCACCGUGCAGUCGCGUGCUCCAGACCAGCGCGGGCGGCGCCGCGUGCCAGAGCAUCCGCGAGACACCGGCGGAGUCCAACCGCAACCCUAUCGUGUCCACCUCCCGGGUCUCCAGGAGGGGCAUUCUGGCUGAGGACACCGCUGGUACCAAUGUAAACCCAGCGGUGCAGUACCACCACCUCGCCCCUAGAUGGAUGUCCAACUUGGAGAACCGCCGCAGCUCCUGGGCGGCUCUGGCCAGCAGAGGGCGCAACAACAACCAGUACUGGGAGGAGAGCGGGCAGAGCGGCGGAGGUGAGGGCCGCGGGACAGGUGGAGGAUCGAGCCGGGCAGGAGCGGCAUCUGUCGGUGUGCUGUCUGCUGCAGCCGUGGCUUUCUGCUUGAAGAAAGACUCUGACAACAAAGGUGAUGCUCUCCUGGAGGCAGCAAGGACCAAUAACUCCCAAGAUGUUGCCAGACUGUUAAAAGAGGGGGUCGACCCAAAUCACCGCCACCGACUCGGAUGGACCGCACUCAUGGUUGCUGCCAUGAACCGACAGCACAGUGUGGUGAAGGUUCUGCUGGAAGCCGGUGCAGACCCAAACGCCGGAGAUCACUUCAACAAUGUUUACGAUACCUCGCGGGAGAAAGGCAUCCACUCACUGGAAGUACUCGUGUCCAGAGAGGAUGAAUUCAGCAGCAGGCUCAGCAGCAGGGCCGGCUUCCGUAGCUGCACAGCGCUUCACUACGCCACGCUGGCUGAUGACCCCCGCACCGUGAGGAUGCUGUUAGAAGCUGGUGCCAACCCCCUGCAGACCAAUGGUUUGGGACACACAGCACGGGCCUAUGCUAAGGAGGGAGACGUGAGCAAAGUGCUGCAGGAGUGGGAGGGCAAGUUCCAGGAGGCGCAAGCUCGGCGUGAGGCGGAGGAGAGGAGAAGGUUCCCCCUGGAGAGGAGGCUGAAGGAGCAUAUCAUUGGACAGGAGGGGGCCAUCAAUACUGUGGCCUCAGCCAUCAGGAGGAAGGAGAAUGGUUGGUACGAUGAAGAACAUCCUCUCGUGUUCCUCUUCCUCGGCUCAUCUGGAAUUGGAAAGACAGAGUUGGCAAAACAGGUGGCUCGCUACAUGCACAAGGACAUCAAAAAGGGUUUCAUCCGUAUGGACAUGUCCGAGUUCCAGGAAAAGCACGAGGUGGCCAAGUUCAUUGGCUCCCCGCCGGGAUACGUGGGACAUGAGGAAGGAGGUCAGCUGACCAAGUUGCUGAAGGCGUGUCCCAAUGCCGUUGUCCUGUUUGAUGAAGUAGACAAGGCCCACCCUGAUGUUCUGACGAUCAUGCUGCAGCUCUUUGACGAGGGUCGCCUCACAGACGGUAAGGGGAAGACCAUCGAAUGUAAAGACGCUAUUUUCAUCAUGACGUCUAAUGUAGCAAGUGAUGACAUCGCUCAGCAUGCGCUGCAGCUUCGACAAGAAGCUGAAGAGGUCAGCCGCAGAAAGCUGGCCGACAACCUCGCGGAUGUACAGAAAGUUGACGACAUCAAAAUCUCCCGACAGUUUAAAGAAUCUGUUAUUCGACCGAUCCUGAAGGCUCAUUUCCGGAGGGACGAGUUUCUCGGUCGGAUCAAUGAAAUUGUAUACUUCCUGCCGUUCUGUCACUCAGAGCUGCUACAGCUGGUCAGCAAAGAGCUCAGCUUCUGGGCCAAGAAGGCCAAGCAGCGCCAUGACAUCACUCUUCAGUGGGACCGCCCGGUUCUGGACCUGCUGGCGGGCGGGUAUAACAUGCAUUACGGAGCACGCUCCAUCAAACAUGAGGUCGAACGGCGGGUCGUCAACCAGUUAGCCGCAGCGUACGAGCAGGAGCUGCUGCCCAAAGGCUGCAUCUUGCGCCUGUCUGUCCAAUCAGAGGACCAGGAGGAGUGGAGCACGCCCAGUCUGCGCCUGGAGGUGGUCGGAGAGGACAGCUCAUCAAGAAUGCUGGACAUCCGUCCCCCGCUUAGCCCUGAACACUGACACAGAAACACAGAGGAUAUAUCAGAUAUUUAUGCACACAUGUACACUUUAAACUCACUAUAUCAACCUCAUCAUCAUCAUCAUCAUCACCACCAUCAGCGUCAGGAGGAUGGAAGGUUCUAGAUGGAUGUUACCAAUAAAAAUGCCUCUGUCAAACACAUAACUGCCUCUGUUUCAGUACACACAUGCAGCAAAAACAUGCCAAAACCAACUUUUACACAACAUGCAGUACAGAAUCUGCCAACAGGGUCACCUGUAAUUUUAGAACUACUGGACCAUUAUAUUAAUGUUACAACAGACUUUCAUAUCAGUAGAGGAAGGACUAAAUGUGUCCAAUAGUGGUUGUAUGAGUAGCAUUGAGGCUUCAUCAUCAUCAAACAUCUCAUCAUCAGUCAGCUGAAGCCAUCUUAUUAGCUGAUGAAAAGCUUUGCUGCAUUUGUAGUAGAAGCAACUAAGCUGUGAUAUAGUGAAACAUUAAUGUCUGAUUUAUAUUGUAGAGCACUGAAAACAGCCAACAUAUUUAAUAUUUAUUAAAGAUAUAUGUACAUUAAGUUGAUGGUAGUUAAUAGUGGUAUAUUGAAUGAUUUUGUAGUGAUGGGGGAUGUCAAAUAGAAAAAAGAAAAAGAAAUGGACAUUAAUUGGAAAAGAUUAACUAGUAAAAGUAAUGUGUUUUAUUGUUUUAUUAAUAAUUAUCCAAAAUCAAUGAACAUUGAAAUAAACUACAAUAAGGCAUGGGAAUUAAUAGGAAACUAAAAAUGUGAUAAAAUAUUGAACGAAAAGGUUUUAGCUCAUUAUACCUACAGUUUUCAAUUAUCAUAGCAACUAGCAUUAAAACUACGCUCUUAAAUAACAAGUGAUCUGAUUUAAUGGUGCAAUAUGUAAGAAUUUUAAUUCAAAGCUUCCAAAGAAUAAUUAAAAUUCAGAAUGUGAUGAACACUUUUGACCAAAUGUCAAAGACAGCUAUUGAGGUUAGCAAGCUCACCAACUAGCGCCAAGCUACUUUGUACCUCAACAAAGUGGAGGGAGUGGAGUUGGACAUGUGGCCAGUUCUUACAUAUUACACCUUUAAAAAAAUGACAAUUAUUUAGUUGCCAAAGUUGGAAUAAAGACACCCGCUGAAGGAAGAGGAAAUGUUAAUGACCAAAGACAGUUUGCUUGUGUUCACUUUAACUCCACUUCAAGAGAAAUCCUCACCAGCAGAGCUUCACUGAUGAAUAAACACAACCUGCUUCUUCGUUUCAUUUUAGUAAAGAAUGUGCUAGUGGAGCAGAAAUGUCUCGCAGCCCACUUGAAUGAUGGGUAAUAUAACUGCCUUGUGAAUUGUGUCUGUUGAUGCAUGUUAAUGUGGAGAAGUCUCGUCUGUCACGGCGCCGUGCUCUUAUGCUGCACAGUGUGCUUUCUGUGUGACAUUAAGAGGAAUUUAGAGUCGUAAAGAAAUAAUAUUCAAAGUGUUUUGUAUCAUAAAUGUUUCAGGAAGACGGCAAAUGUGAUCCAGCCACAUUUUUCAUUCUCGUAUCCCAACCUCCACCACGUAAAUAAAGUCAUCACGACAAAAAGGGGA